AUGCUGGAGUGUUACAAGUACGACAAUGGACAGAAGGAAGGCUUGUUCUUGCGGAGCCCUUCCGCCGGCGACCGGUGGGUCCGCAUCCGAUCCAUUGACUACGCUGCCGGAACCAUGCUCGUCUUUGACCAGGCCGGAAUGUCCACUUGCUCCUAUCUUCAGCCCGCCAGCAGCGGUCUCCCACAGCUGAAGUCCGCCUUCAUCACACCGUCCGCCGGGAAUGGGUUGUUCCUCAUGAACUGCUCCGGCGAUUCCCCCCUGGCCGGCAAAGCCAUCUGCUUCCAGAAUAGCCCCGGCGGCCAUUCUUGCUACGAGCUCUACCAGGAUUGUACUUCAUUCCAGGUCCUCACGGCGGCAGCCACAGCUCUGCCACCUUGCUGUUUCACCACGUACGAUAUUGUGAGCAACUUGAGCUUGCAAAACGACUUGAAGUGUUCGCAUUAUGCCAGCGUCUAUGAUGUGUCUCGGUUGAAGGAAGGAGAAAGUCCAGCGUUAUGGCCGUACGGGAUGAAGCUGUCGUUCUCAGCUCCGGCCGGUUGCGAGGCUUGUCGCAAGUCCGGGGGAACAUGUGGCGAGAAUACUAUCAACCAUAUCAAGGAAACAAUCAUGAAGAUUCCAGAUUCAGGCAGCCAUAUGGAGAGUAUUGGAUCCAUUGAAUCCCCGACAACAACAACAACAACAACAACAACACCGGAGGAAGAAAGCCGGAUUAUCAAAGAGCUGUCGCAGAAAGCCAAUUCUGAAGUCCGGGAAGGCGACACAUAUUAUGUCCUCUCUACUAAGUGGUAUCUCAACUGGCAGAAGUAUACUAGUACUGGGCAACAACCUUUUUUCCCUCCUGAUGACCAUGAACAACGUGAGCCUUCUUCUUCCACUGUGCCGGCACAGAGGCCGGGCCCAAUCGAUAACUCCGAUAUCAUUGAUUCAGAUCAAAGAGACGCUGAUGAUGACCCUCAGCUCCGUAGGACAAAGUUAGAAGGGCGGGAUUACGUGCUCUUGCCCGAAGAAGCGUGGGAAAGGCUUUAUUCAUGGUACAAAGGUGGACCUGUUAUAGCCCGGAAGAUGAUAACUGUUGGAUAUGUGAAGCAGUUGGUUGUUGAGAUGCAUCCUCUCUGUCUUAACUUGAUCGAUUCUAGGGAUGGAACUAAAUCUGUUUUAAGGUUGAGCAAGAACGCUUCUUUGCGUGAACUUUACGAUGUAGUUGGUAGGCUCAAGGGGUUAAAGGAGGAGCCUGACAAGUUUCAGAUUGUGGACUACUUCAACGAGACUAGGUUGUCUCCUUUAGAUGCUUCUUCGGACCGAAGCCUGGAGGAUUCUCAACUUCAGAUGGAUCAACAAAUCCUCCUUGAGGUGAAAAAUAAUGAUGGAUCUUGGUCUUCUUCUUCUGCCACAGAAAAGACUACUGGCAAUGGCCUGGCACUUGUUCUCAGUGAACCCGCCAGAUCUUCUUUUAGCAUUGCAGGAGGUCCUACUUUGUCUAAUGGCGGCUUUUGGACGACUAGUCUCAGCAGCAACAGCAGCAGCAAUGUUUACAAAGGAAUAACUUUUGGUGCAUUGCGUGAAGAAGAAGAAGAAGAGAUGGAGGAGGAGGAACAGGAUCGCACAAGAGGUUUAGCUGGACUUCAGAAUUUGGGCAACACUUGCUUUAUGAACAGUGCCCUUCAAUGUUUGGUUCAUACACCAUCCCUCUUGCAGUAUUUCUUGAACGAUUUUUCUGAUGAGAUCAACCAAGAUAAUCCUCUAGGGACCAAUGGCGAGCUGGCCAUCGCUUUUGGCAAGUUGUUGAGGAGAUUAUGGUUGUCGGGGGAGGGAACCGUCCCGCCUCGUGGCUUCAAGGCAAAACUUGGUAGUUUUGCUCCACAGUUUAGUGGUUAUAACCAGCAUGAUUCUCAGGAACUCCUUGCCUUUCUCCUUGAUGGGCUGCACGAAGAUUUGAAUCGCGUGAAGCAGAAACCAUACAUUGAGGCCAAAGAUUAUGAUGGCCGUCCUGACGAAGAAGUUGCUGAUGAGUUAUGGAGAUACCACAAGGCUAGGAAUGACUCUAUCAUUGUGGAUGUCUUCCAAGGUCAAUACAAAUCAACUUUAGUGUGUCCAAUUUGCAGCAAAAUAUCGUAUACCUUCGACCCUUUCAUGUACUUGUCGUUGCCUCUCCCAUCAACGGCGAUGCGAGACAUGACUGUGACAGUGUUUCAUGGUGAUGGAAGUGGCCCCCCAACGCCUUAUACAGUCACGGUUUUAAAAGGUGGAUGCUGUAAAGAUUUGAUCCAAGCUUUGGGAACUGUUUGCGACCUAAGGAUCGAUGAAUAUCUUCUUCUAGCAGAGGUGUAUAUGCAUAAAAUAUAUAAGUACUAUGAGGAUCCUUUGGAGUUGCUGACUGAGAUAAAAGAUAAUGAUUACAUUGUUGCCUAUAGACUUUCCAAAUCGGGUCCGGACAUGACAAGACUAACUAUAGUUCACCGAGAAGAAGAGAAAGUUUUCCAAUACUUAUAUUUAAAUCACGGGGCUUCCCAGAGAAAGCUUUUCUUGACACCACUUGUUACUUUGUUGGAAGAUCCAGUAAAAUCGGCUUCCCAGAUUGAUCUGGCUAUUGGCAGAGUCCUGGCUCCAUUGCUUCGAGAAGGAACUUUACCAGCUACUGAUCACGGGAAUGACCCGAUGAAAUGCGAUGAUAGUACUCAGUUAGAACCUGGAUCAGUGCCAAAAACUGCAAAUAUAGAACCAUCACAGCCAGAAACAACAGACACUCCCCUGGAAUUGGAUGGUUCUGUGAAUGUGCUUUUGGAUUGGAAGGAGAAAGCGAAGGAGUUAUAUAAUUCUGACAAGCUCAGGGACAUUCCUAAGGUUCAAAAGAAAGACGACGUUAGUAUGGAGAAAGCGAAACCUGAAACCAUUUCUUUGUUUUCUUGCCUUGAUGCCUUUUUAGAAGAAGAACCAUUGGGGCCUGAUGAUAUGUGGUAUUGUCCACAUUGCAAGGAACAUAGACAAGCAACUAAGAAGCUGGAUCUCUGGAAGUUACCUGAUGUAUUGGUCAUCCAUUUGAAAAGAUUCUCAUAUAACCGAUGGUUCAAGAACAAACUCGACACAUUGGUAGACUUCCCGAUUCACAAUCUUGAUUUAAGCGAUUAUGUAAAAGGGAAGGAUUCGGGAGAAGGAUCUAACAACAUGUACGAGUUGUACGCGGUUAGCCAUCAUUACGGUGGGCUAGGCGGCGGCCACUAUUAUGCUGACUGCAAGUUAAGUGACAACAGAUGGUACCGCUUCAACGAUUCUCAUGUUUCUCCGGUCGAUGAAGAGAAAAUCAAGACAUCGGCUGCUUAUGUGUUGUUCUACCGGAGAGCAGGAAGUAGUGAUACCUCUAAUGAAACAACAAUGGGGAUGUAUGCUUCUUCUAGUACAACAAGCCUUGCCCGGGUCGAGUUGAAGAUUUUUCUACGUCGUCAAAUGUUGUUGGCGAAGAAGCUGUUCCUACUAUGUAAUAAAAAAACAAGAGGAAGAUCUAAUUCGGUACACCCUACUAGCAACGUCAUGAAUCAAGGUGUUGAAUCUCCCGAACAACAAUUAUUGUCCGACAGUUGUGGAACAAAUCAUCCUUUAAAACUUUUCUAA